UGACUUCCUAUAAACCGAAAAGGAACGCGGCAACAGACAGAGCACCGCGGCAACACACACACACACGCAGCAAAAGCUUGAGCUAGGAUGGGGCUUCUGGUGCUGCUUCAGGUCCUCCUCGUCGCGGCCGCGGCGGCGAGGGCUCCGGCGGCGCGGGCGUGGGGCGUGGAGGGCCACUACAUGACCUGCAAGAUCGCCGAGGGUUUGCUGACGAGCGAGGCCACGACGGCGGUGAAGGGCCUCCUGCCGGGGUGGGCCAACGGCGAGCUCGCGGGGGCGUGCUCGUGGCCGGACAUCGAGCGGCGCCGGAUGCCGUGGUCCGGCUCCCUGCACUUCGCCGACACCCCCGGCGACUGCAAGUUCAACUACGCAAGGGACUGCCACGGCCCGAAAGGGGAGAAGGACAUGUGCGUGGUCGGAGGCAUCAACAACUACACCGCCGCGCUGCAAGACUCCUCAAGCCCGUAUAAUCGGACGGAGAGCCUGCUGUUCCUGGCGCACUUCCUCGGCGACGUCCACCAGCCCAUGCACUGCGGCCGCACCGCCGACCUCGGCGGUAACACCAUCCUCGUCACCUGGUACAGCACAGCCAAGACCAACCUUCACAAGGUGUGGGAUGACAAGGUGAUCCAGACGGCCAUGAGCAAGUUCUACAAGGAUGACCUAAGCACCAUGAUCGACGCCAUCAAGCUCAACCUUACUGAGGAUUGGUCCACCGAAGAGAACCAGUGGACGGCCUGCAGUACACAAACAACAACUUGUGCUGACAAGUACGCCGAGGAGAGCGCGGAGCUGUCGUGCCCGGCUUACGUGGGUGUUGGGCAAUACUCCAACUUAGAAGAUGAAUAUUUCUUCCCGGCGAUGCCGGUUGUUGAGAAGAGGAUUGCCCAGGGAGGUGUCAGGCUGGCGGCCAUCCUCAACCGGAUCUUCAGUGGGGAGAACAACAGCAGGCUGCAGAGCCUUUGAAGUCUGAAAGAAACAAAGUAAGCAAUACAGGGACUCGCCUGCGCUAGCUACGAACUAGUCAUACAAUAAUAUAAAAAUCAUAAAACUUUCUUGGCCAAGCAUGUUAGUUGGCUCAAGUGUCCUAAUUUGUUGGGCCCU